AUGAAAGACCGGCUAAACGAGCUGCGUGAAUUUGCCAGGUUACACAACCAACAGUUUUCUGAUAGUGAGGAUGAUGAAAAUUCACCCCAUGAUGUUCUCCUUUAUGAGACUGAUUAUGCCUUGGAAAUUCUUCAUAAAGACAUACAGAACAUCCGGACGGAAAAUGACCACCUAAAAGAGGAUGUCAAGCGGCUCAGAAAGCAAAACAGCCGCUUCCUUACAUCCAUGCGCCGUCUUAGUAGCAUCAAACGAGAUACUAAUUGUAUUGCCAGAGACAUCAAGGCCCGUGGAGAAAGCAUCCACAGGAAACUCCAGAUAAUGAGAGAUUUCAGCGAAGAUGCAAUAACAAAAUACGGGGCUAUGUCUGUCAUUGCCAGGGUAGCGAAGAACCACUAUGUUGACCUCAUGCACGCCUUUCAGGAAGCUAUGUUUGAAUACAAUGCAACAGAGAUGAACCAGCGGGAGAACUGCAAGAUUCGAAUUCAGCGGCAGCUAGAGAUCAUGGGCAAAGAUGUUUCUAGCAACCAGAUUGACGAGAUGAUUGAGCAAGGCAAGUGGGACGUCUUCUCUGAGAAUCUCUUGUCAGAUGUUAAGGGCGCUCGCUCAGCUUUGAAUGAGAUAGAGACACGUCAUAAGGAGCUGGUGAAGUUAGAAGGUCGCAUUAAGGAAGUUCACGAGCUCUUUCUGCAGGUGGCCCUGCUAGUGGAGGAACAGGCGGACACCUUCGAUGUCAUUGAGAUAAAUAUGCAAAAUGUUGAAGACUAUGUAGGAGAAGCUAAAGAGCAAGUGAAAAAAGCUUUGGAAUACAGAAGAAAACACCCCCUCAGAACAAUCCUCUGCUGCUGCUUAUCCUGUUGCAGAAGGCGACUAUCCCACUGA